AUGGCUGGAAAUAUGCACAUGCAAGUCAUCAUGGUCAGAGCUUCAUUCCGCCGAUACUCUCGCUAUCUGAAGUCGAGAGUGGGAACUGGGGUGGGGGGAACUGGGGUGGGGGGAACUGGGAUUCACCGAGCCAUGGUAAUCUCCAAGCUUGAUAAAGCCUCUCCCCUCCGUGUCCCCGCGGGACGCUCCCUCCCUGUGGUCGGGCGAGCUUGUACAGCCUCUCAUGCAGGAAGUGUGGGAGAGGCAAGGAGAGGCAGCUUGUGCCCAAAACAAACACCCCCGUGUGCCACUCCUGGGUUUUUGGAGUGUUUUUUGCGCAACAACCUCUACAAAGUUGUGCUCACGGGUUUCUUGAGUAGAUAG